AUGGACUAUCCCUGGAGAGACCUUUAUACCUGGCGGCCCUUCAAGAUUGAUGCCCUCGGUAUAAUCACUCUUCUUGGAAGCGAAGAAAUUGAUGCUUGGGUUGGGCGUCUAGUUCCCAGCCGGUGGCUCGAAUAUAUGCCUCUCCUCGCAAUCAACGUGGUUGCCACAAACCAAUUCCUCAGAAAGCAGCCCUCCUUUUUCCUCUACAAUGUUACCAAAGGAAUACACACCACCGACAUGGCAGCCUGGUUCACACGAUGGAUUCAGUGUCAACAACUUGAGCCUACCCGGACCGUGAUCUGUUGGGAAGAGCAAACGCAAACGUCAAAUCAACGCAUGUACUAUCAUUUGAUAUCCGCUGGCAUCUCCUUCUGUUCAACGGGCUUCUUGGUGGUGCUAACUGUGUUGUCCCAUGACUUUUACGGUCUUGCAACGGCAUGUGCGCUGAUUGUCUCCAUUCUAGCGCGAGCUUACCUCCUAAAUGCCAACCGAUCGGCCAUUGAUCGUGCAAUCAUACAACAGUCACUCUCACCAUCCUCUUCGCAGAACCAAGCAAGCAGAAACAAAAUCCUGAUAAUAACCCCAGACUCCAACAUCUUAACCAUGUAUGUUCCGGGGAACCUAAUAAUCCCCGUCUUUAUCCGCAACCCUAUCCCCAGCUCACCCAAGCUUUACGAUAUGUUCUGCUGGGUCGCCUGGGCUGCUUUCUGUGUCCAGGUCAUAACACUUGGUAUGGCUGUCCUGGCCACACAAAUGUACGUAGUGCUGCUUAUCACCAUGCCAUCCAUGCUUAUCUGUCGUGGAUUUGGAUGCGAUGAUACGGUUCGACCAUGUGAGGUGAAGUCAGAACGGUACGGUAGGGUGAAGGGCUACACGUGUCAAAUCGGUUCUAGACUGAAGGCGACGGUUUUUGAGUGGCCCGAGUGUAUGGAAUUUGCGAAUACCGACCUAGGAUGGGGUUUGAGGGGCCCUUCCACUGACACUGAGUUAAUGCUGGGACGAUCGACGAAACGGAUGGAUCUCUUUGCAUGGUUGAAUUUGACCGACGAGGAGGAGGAGAGUAUGAGCCGUUGGGAUCUGCUGCCACAUCAGCGUGGAGACGAUUCGACGUGGCAGGACAAUUUUAAGGCUAAAAGGAGUUUGGUGAGGGAGACCCAGAUGGAUAUUUGGGAUGUGCAGAAAGUCGUUGUUGGAGCCAUCCGGGAUGGGAGGAAUGCAGUGAGGGACUGUGAGAAUGGCGCUGCCUUCCCAUCCGGUGAGCCGAAGGUAUACUGCUAG